ACACUUGGGUCAACCUUUUUUUUUUUUUUCAAAGAGCAUUGGGCAGAGAUGUGAAGCAGUUGUUAGACUUCCCUCAAAAGACAGGGUGAAGAACUGGCACAGUGUGGCUUGAAAAGGCAGUGUGGCCCUUCUGGGGGGUAGCUGCUGUGAUGAUGUCUUCCCAGCAUGACAGAAGCCAGACGAGGCCGUUUAUGGAAAAGCUCUUCUGCUGCCACUGAGCUUCCACAGUGAGACCCAAGUUGCGUGUGGUCUCUGCGGGUUUGCAGAUAAUUGCCACCACACACUGCACGCGGCCCUCUGAGAUAGGGACCGGCCCUGGCUGUGUUCCGGUGAAGUCCUUAUCCUCAGGAUGCAGGGACAUGGCCUCUUCCUCAGGCAAGUGCAGGAUCACACGCAUAGCCCUAAGCCUUUCAGUCCCUUUGGGGUGGACAGUCAUUUCAGGAAGAUCUGCCCUCCUGAGGAACGAGGGCGUCUCUGCUGUAUGUGGACAGAGCGCAGGCGGGCAGCGAGCCUUCGGGGAAAAGGGCUUCCACCCAGCAGCAUGCCCACGGUCCCGGGAUCUGCGCGCAGCGCUGCGGCUCUGCUGCUGGCCGCGCUACUGUGUGCGUUACUGGGGCUACCGCGCGUGCAGCCCUGGCCCUGCCCGCAGGCCUGCUCGUGCUGGUUCCGCGACUCCGCGCAGUGCUCGCGCAGCCCAGUGGCGCGCGUCCCCGCGCUCGGCCUGCCCGCCAACCUCACGCACCUGCUGCUCUUCCAUAUGGGCCCUGGCGCCCUGCACAACGACAGCUUCCGCGGCAUGACCGUCCUGCAGCGCCUGAUCCUCUCCGAUAGCCCCAUCUCCGCCGUCGCCCCGGGCACCUUCGACGACCUGAUCAAGCUGAAAACCCUGAGACUGUCCCGCAACAACAUCCCGCACCUUCCCCGCGCUCUCCUGGACAGGACGCUGCUCCUGGAGCAGCUGUUCCUGGACCGCAACGCCCUGCGAACCAUUGACCCUGACCUGUUCCGGAACCUGGCCAACCUGCAGGAGCUCUCUCUGAGCCACAACCAACUCGCCUCGCUCCCUGCAAACCUCUUCGAGAGACUGGGGAGGCUGAAAGUGCUGGAUCUAUCCGGGAACAACCUGACGCACCUGCCCGAGGGACUGCUCGGUGCCCAGGCCAAACUCCAGGAGCUCCUGCUGCGCUCGAACCAGCUCGUGUCGCUGGACUCAGGGCUGCUGGACAGCCUGAGCGCCCUGGAGCGGCUGGAGCUCGAUCGGAACCGCAUCCGCUCCAUCGCCCCCGGCGCCUUCGACCGCCUGGGAAACCUGAGCUCGCUGACGCUGGCGAGAAACCGCCUGGAGCUGCUGCCGCCCGGCCUCUUCCUGCACGAGCCCCGGCUGACGCUGCUCACGCUCUUCGAGAACCCCCUGGCCCAGCUGCCUGGGGUGCUCUUCGGGCCCAUGCCGGGCCUGCGCGAGCUAAGCCUCAACGGCACCCGGCUGCGCGCCCUGCCCCGCGCGCUGCUGCGCAACCUCAGCUCCCUGGAGCGCCUGCGGCUCGAUCACAACCGGCUGGAGGCGCUGCCGGGCGACGCGUUCGCGGCCCUGCCCCGGCUCGCCGAGGUCCUGCUGGGCCACAACCCCUGGCGGUGCGACUGCGGCCUGUGGCCGUUCCUCGAGUGGCUGCGGCAGCACCCGGGCGUGGUGGGCCGGGCCGAGCCCCCGCGGUGCUCCGGCCCAGAGCCGCGCGCCGGCCUGGAGCUCUGGGCUCUGCUGGAGGGCGACCCCUGGUGCCCGAGCCCGCGGGGCGCGCCUGCCCGUGCCCCGGCCCCGAGCGCCCACGGAGGAUCCCCGGGCACUACCGCGGUGCCCAGCAGCUCGGAUCCCUGGGCGCGCGUCCGGCCAGUGGCCGCGGGCGGGGAGGGUGAAGCUCACAGCCUCUUCUGGGCUCCGUACGUCCGGCUUCUAGCUGUCCAGGCCAUCGUAACCGGGGUCAUUGUGUUUGUUAUGAUCAAGAUCGGCGGGCUCUUUCGGAAAUUAAUCAGGGAGAGGGCGCUUGUCUGAGUCCCUUGUCAUCAAGGGAAUCGUGAGCACAGUACUGUCAGGUGUGGCUCGGAAACUGCCCGGCCUGUCCCGGCGGCCCCCUGGGAGUUCCAUUUAUUUACAGCAGCCAAAUAGAUCCUUUGGUUUUCAUUUCCUGGAACUGAGGGCCAGAGCCAGUUUACAAGCAUUUUUGGAGCAGCGAACGUGUGACAGGUAUAUGAGAGUAAUGGUAAGCUUGGUGUCUGGUUUAUUGUGCUUGUAUCAUGUCCUCAUCUGUUCUUCCAAUUGAAAGCAGUUAAACCCUUGUUGCUUUAAUUGGAUGUCACAGGCUGGGGAGAUGACGGCUAUGGGUUUGUUCCCUCCCGGCGCCACCACUUACUAACUGCACUGGCCCUAGGCAGGACGCCCACAUGCCUUCUCCGUGCCUGGCUUCUCUCACCCCGACGAGACAAAAUGUCCCAACCCCAUGAGUCGCUGUGCGCAUCCCUGGCCACCAAGCCUGUAAAGCUUAACGCAGUGCCCUGCAUUCAAUAAAUGCCCGGUGGGUGACAGCUGUGAUUACUAAAGCGAUUAUUAUUAGUAUCAGGAUUCCUGAAGACGAGCUUUGAGUUGGUGUUUCCUUCUGUGUAUGAAAGUAAGAGCAAACUUUCUCAAACUGGAGGUUCCAUUCAGAUCAGCCUAGUGUCCCCCUGUGGUUGGUGUCAGCCCAGUGUGGCCACGGUCACAGGCCAGAGCAAUGGAUCCUCCGACAACAUCCAUUGGCAGGGGACAGGAAGAGCUGGGUCCUGGCUAAAACCUCCUCUUGCUAGAGACUUCACAGGCCCAGUAGACUCACCUUGCCUUGUUUGUUUCCAAAUUUUGAAACUGCCUGCAGCUUAAAACCUAGAUGUUUCUUCUUUUUUUUUUUAAUUUUAAAAAUAAAAGGAGGAAAACAUUAACAGACGAACAACCUUUUACAAAAUAGCAAAAGAACAGUACGGACAAUACAGAGUCACCAACAGAGUGGUAGGAAAUUAACAAUGCUUGUUGUAUUACAUAUUGAUAUCUUCAAAGUGAAAAGCCAGAUGUUUCUGAUGGAAUACAGACUCGGUUCUAACUGCUGGCACACUCAGUCGAGCUUCCCGGCUCUCUAAGCCUGCCCAGUGAGGAUAAUAGUGGUCCCUCCCUUGUGGCAAGGAUGAAAUGAAAGCAAUGAGGUAAUGCCCGUCAGAGGAAGUCUACGGCUGUGACAGAAAUCGCCCGUGCUGAUCAGCUCCUUCAGAACACACGGCGCUCUGACAGUUCUCAGAGCCUCGCAAAUGCGUGUCUCACUCUGUGCCGAGCACAUUUCUAAGGGGAGGGUCAGAGCCGUGGAUAAAGCAGGGUGCACAGUGCCAGGUUGUAUGCUGUGAACCCUCCAGUAUGACCUCACCCCCGUCACCCUCAGACAUUCAGGACCGCAUUGGGGGGGGGCGGGGACUGCUCGACUGUGCUUUGUGUAGAAAAUACACUUCGCUGUGUUUGCUUUUUUUUUUUUUUUUUAAACAGAAUAAAACACAACAGAUGAAGUGGACGGCUCCUGUAUAUAUCUCUUCCCGAAUUCCACACUUUUCUUCUCUCCUUGGAAAUAACCUGCUUCAUAAAUGUGGUGUUUUAUGUCCCGAUGCGUGUGUUUAUGCUCUUUCUAUGUGUGUCCACAGCCCUGAACACACC